AUGGCUCUAGCAGAGCUCGUCGCUUAUCUUGAAGAAACUCCUGUGGAGUCUGCGGAUAGCAUUUCCGUGUUUACGCUAGCAGAGCUUACAGCCAUGUACACCCGUUUCUUGAAACACUAUGGUAGCGAUUUGUCGCGUAGAGUACACUCCACUGACCUAAAGGAGAGAAUUUUAGCAAAUGUUCCAGGCUUGCAGACGAACAAGAAAGGCCGAGACAUAGUGAUGGCAUUCAGUGAAGAUGCUGGUAAAGCGCUCGAAGUGACUCGCUUUAGGGAUUUUGAUGAUGAAGCAAUAAUCCUACUUAAAGCAAGCAAGAUCAUUCGUCGAGAUAUAAUAGCCACGAAAACGCAAUUCAGUGGAACAUUUGAUAAAGAUUCUCAACAAGAAUCAAUUCCACAGUCCCUUAAAACGUUAAUAGGAUUGAUCUUAGAGGCAACAGAUAUCAAAACUCCGUCUAGUCGUGUGAGUGAUGGGCAGCCUACACUAAGUAUAUCACAACUCAUGCUUUUUAAUACCAGCAUACGGCGUCGUUGUAGUGAAGCAACUGGUUCAGCUUAUUAUCACUCUCGAGAUCGCGAACCACCACUGCCAAUAUAUCUUGGCCUCAUGACUCAUGCAGAAGCAAGAAAGAGAACACUGGUCGAUAAACUCUAUAGUCUUGGACUGUCAAUUUCGUAUGACAGGGUGCUAGAAUUAUCUACUGACUUGGGCAAUACUGUUUGUUCACGGUUUGAGUCUGAAGGGGUUGUUUUCCCGCCCAAGCUUAAUAAAGGAUCAUUUACAACAGCUGCCAUGGAUAACAUUGACCAUAACCAGUCAUCUACAACCACUCAAGGUGCUUUCCAUGAAACAGGUAUAUCUUUAUUCCAACACCCAUCUCAUGAUUCAUCAGGUGAAGCGCGGGAUGUAGUUAGCAUAGACAAUCAGCCCUCCAAGAGAAAGCGUCUUUCUCAACUUCCGGAUUCUUACACACUUGUUAAGCCCGUCAUUCUCCCCAAGAAUGAACCCAUUGUGCCGCCUCUUCAAGUGUCAUUUGUAAGCAAUUACCUUGAAAUGACACAAGCUUUAAGUAUGGAGUGUAAAUGGCUGGAACAUGUAAGAGACGAGGUUAACAAAGACAACGGAAGAGAUAAAGAAAGUUUCAUGGGCAGCAUAUCACGCAAAUCAAGUCCAGCCUCCAGGUCAAUUGGAUACGACCUCGCUGCUCCUGCUCUUUCAAGAGGAGGCUGCCUCCCCAGCUAUGAUUUGUCAUACAAUGGACGUAGUUGUUAAGGCGGUCACUUAUCUUAAUCCUGGGCAGACACCUGUGCUUGCUUGUGAUCAGCCAAUGUAUGCGAUGGCAAAGAAGAUUCAGUGGAACUGGCCAUCCACGUAUGCAGAAAGUAGCAUAGUUAUGAUGUUUGGAGGGCUGCAUACUGAGCUUGCCGCUCUUAAGGCAUUGGGGACCUGGAUUCAGCAUAGUGGUUGGACAAGCGCCCUAAUGCAAGCGGGCAUAACAACUCCUGGAACAGCCGACUCCUUUCUCGAGGAGGCACAAGUUUCACGCACCCGACACACCCACCAGAUUACUGCUUGUGCUUUGUACAUACUGAUGGACAAGGCAUACCAGCACUACUGCAAUUGCAUCUCGGAAGAAGAAGAACCCAAAACGUUUAUGGAGUGGCGCAAGCAAGCAGAGCUGGCUAGUCCUCAGUUCCAGUACUGGUCUCUCACCCUUCACUUUGAGCUCACCAUAUUAAUAUAUUUUAAUAUUUAGGGGAACUUCGAACUAUACAAAGAGUCAUGUAAAAGACUUGCACCCUAUUUUUUUGCAUUAGACCGCACAAACUAUGCUAGGUGGCUGCCUGUCCACAUUCACGACAUGGAGUCCCUGGACACGAAACUACCCAAUUUGGCUGCACAAUUCAGGAAAGGCCAUUUCGUGGUGAAAAAGACAAACCGGUCAUUUUCUGCACUACCCAUUGACCACGCCCAUGAACAGAAUGAUAAGAUCGUGAAAGGGGAUGGUGGUGCCAUUGGCCUUACAGAGAGCCCAACUCAAUUAAUGCAUUGGAUGGUGUCAGGGCCAGAAAUGUCUAAAAUCAUUAACGAAUUCGAGGUUUCCCAGGAACUACUAAAAUCAGCAUCUGAUGAUAGAAAGCAUCGACACCACGAAGAAACGAGGAGUUCAAAGUACUUUCCAAAGUGAGGUCCAAUCACUUUCCAAUGUAAUUAGUGAGAUGGGUAACCCUUUCUUAGACCAGAGUGGGGACUUGCUUAUCUUAGAUACGCGAGACAUUAUAAAUGCCACAGUGGUGAAAUCAGUUAGAACCACGCCAAGGCCAAACCACCCCUCAAAUCGGUCAUCAGAGGCGCGCGGUGUGUCAUGGGUAAAAACCAACAUGGCGCAACUAUUCGAAAGAAACCCACCUUCUCGGGAAAUUAGCAGCUUUCUUCGCAGAAAAAAAACACGAUUAUCUAUCUCAAACGGAAAGUACGGCUACGAUGCACUCCAUAUCCAGAUUUUAUCAUGAAGUAGAGACGGCAGUAGGAAUGUUGGAGAAAAAAUAUGUGGGUCAAUCGAGGAACAAAGAAAUUCAACAACUUGUUGGGACCCAAAGAAUAGUUAUUAAUGCUCUAAAGAAAAUCCAUACGAAGAUUGUCAGUAGACUUCGACCAACACCCAAUCUAACAAACCCUUGGAACGGUGAAUUUUCCCUCGACAUUCCACGAGAGGUUUUUGAUGUUCUUUUAAAACAUAUUGUACAAAGAAACAGUUACGGGCAUCAGUACACGGAGACUACAGCUGUGGUUAAUGUGGAAGUAACACGAAUAAAUAAAGCUGUUUUUAUCUUUGACAAAAUGAACAUUGAGGGUGAACUUAUAGCCAAGGAUGAUCUGCUGAAAAAGAAACCUACCAAGAAUAAUGGGAGAUGA